AUGGUAGAAACUGAGAACAUGGACGAAGUAUUUGCUGGAUUAUUCUCCGUUCCAGCAAUAAGCGAGGCUACUCCCACAACGAGUACACAACCAAGUCUAGUCCCAUUGCCACAGUCAUUAACAAUACCACAAUAUCCACCUGACGUGUGCCAACAACCAUUAUCCAAUUCAAAUGGAUAUUUACAACAAUCAGAUGAAGAAGAUUUAUUACAGAACAUGCUGAAUUCUUUUCAGGAACCAGGUGGUUCUGCAAUGGUACAACAGCAGGAGCCACUAUGCAUUGCUUCUGGAUAUUUACAACACUCCGAUCAGCAAGAUUUAUUGAAUCCAAACUUGCUCAAUUCCUUUCAAGAGCCAGAUGAGUGUACAAUACAACAACAACAAUUGGUUUGCCAUUCAAAUGGGUAUGUACAAGGAAACUUUUCAAACAUACAAUCAGAUCAGCAAUACUUAUCCAACCAAAACAUGAUUAUGAAUUCAUUUCAAGAUCCAAAUAAUUCUACAAUGAUAAAUAUUGUUCAACAAACCGAAGAAGGAAACAAUGGAUAUGCACAUCAGCAACCAUUGACUGAUUCUUUUGAGUUACCAAAUCAUCUUCAAGAUCAGUUUCUAUCACCACCUGUACCAGAAAAUUAUCCAGCGUACCAACAUGGUCCUAUUGGUUCACAUUUCAACAUGUACGAGCAGCAACCACCUCCGAGAGCUUUAACAAACAGAGAAGACGAACAUCUCCCCCCAAGGAUGGUUUCAGAUUUGGUUAUGACAUAUUCUCAACAAAAUCAAAUUUCUAUGAUUGCUCCUCAAUCUCGAAUGCCAUCGAGCUCGACUAGGAGUUAUUUUCAUCAAAAUCAAAUUUCUAUGGUUCCUCCUCAACCUCGAGAGCCGUCCAGCUCGACUAGGACUUGUCCUCUACAAAAUCAAAAUUCUAUGAUGCCUCCUCCAUCUCAAGUGCCUUUGAGCUCUACUUGGACUCCUCAACAAAAUCAAAUUCCUAUGCGUCCUCCUCAAUCUCAAAUGCCGUCGAGGUCUACUACUACUAGGUAUAUAUAUUAG